AUGGAGUAUUUAUCAGCGCCUCUCCUUUUGCAGAUAUACCACGAGUCCUUGGUCAAAGAAACCCACUGCUUGGAAGCCCGGUUGCUCAAUUUAUGCUGGGUGAUCCAAACGUACGAAAACGUUUUGGCCCGGGCCCGGUUUUUCUUAAAGUCUCAACAACCACAAAACGACUUGGAGCCACAGAACUAUGUACACCAGCUCAAGAACAUGUAUGUGAAAAUGAAGCACCAAAACGAUUUUCUUCUGGGCCGGUUAGCGCUGGCAAAUAAAAAAAAAGCAAAGUCGUCUGGGCUCAAUGAGGCGGAAGUCAAAGCGACAAUAAUCCAGUACAAUUGCCUCUAUGACGAGCUUAAAAAAAUUGAAGAGCUAUCUCACGCAGUCAAAGAGGCCAGGAAGGCGGCGGAAGAAGCCCGGCGGAUAAGAAGAGAGCGGAGCCGGAAAGCUUCAAGGGUAGUUUCGUGCAACCCGAAAAAUCCCAAUGUCUGCAGACAGAUAAACUAG